UCACUUGUCUAUGGAAUAAUGGUAGGAUUUCAUCGUUUCGUUGGUUUCGUUGACCGAUUCACUUGUAUAGAUUGUUUUGUUUUGUGAUUAAUUUAAUAAAAACGAUCAAGUCAGAUUUAUAUCAUGAUUUCGUUUAAACUAUCGAGCGCCGUUCCCGCUGACAAACAUUGUAGUUCGAUCUGCGUUUUGUGAUACUCAAGCAAUAGUAGUGUUAUUUUCCCACAUAAUUAUGGUUAACUGACGUUAGACUGUGCAUCCUCAAUUAUGGCAGAGCCAGGUUAUUACCACAGUGAUUACGUUCGACACCCAGUUCUCCACGAGCUCGGGUUGAAGUAUGGAAUUAAAACUGAGUGUAUUCCAGAAAUAGCUUUACCGUCUAAGUUGGAGGAGCUCAAGGAUGUCAUACGUAGAGAAAUACGUAAAGAACUUAAAAUAAAAGAAGGAGCCGAGAAAUUACGAGAGGUGGCCACUGAUCGGAGAUCGCUGGCCGAUGUUGCUAAUAUUGUAAAACAAGCCAACAUCAAGCUUAAUGAACUUAAAUCAGAUCUCCAAGAAUUGGAAUCGCAACUUCUUUUGUCUCGUGGCCAGUCAACUCCUACUUCACCUGAAGACUUGUCCUAUGAUGAAGAGAUCAUUCUUGCAUCUGAAGCAGCCCAGCAGCAAAGGCAGCUGGGUGAAGCAACAACAGACCGAAAACUGGCAUCACUUGAAAAGCAGUUGAAUAUUGAACUCAAAGUCAAGCAAGGAGCUGAAAAUAUGAUACAAAGUAUCAGCAGCAGCAAUCAAUCAAGAGAUAAAAAGUUGCUUGCUGAAGCACAUCAAAUGCUAGCUGAUUCUAAAGACAAAAUUGAAUAUUUAAAAUUACGUAUUUCUAAGCUGACUAAACAACAAAAGGGUGAUAAUGCAGGAGCUAAUGGUGAUGGCAAAAGUUCUGAUAGUGGAGUAGCUGCCUUAUUAGAUGAGAGAAUUGCCGAGUUGAGGAACCGUCUUAGAAUUGAGGCAGCCGUUGUGGAGGGUUCGAAGAAUGCCAUAAGACUCUUACAAAGUGACAAGAAAGUAACUGACAAAAAAGCUUUACAAGAAGCGCAAACAAACCUUUUAGAAUCAUCGCAGAAGCUAGAUUUGCUGCGCAGAUCUUUAGAUAUGCGUAGACAGGAGCUGCCUUCUGAGAGUCCAGCAUUUAUAGAAUUAGGACACGAAUUACGUAGUACUGGCUCCAGCCCUGGAUACGUAAGCUUAUCAGGUAGUAGCGGGUCAAGGGCUCAGUUUCUAUCUCCAGCUCCAUUGAUCAGUCCUUGUGUUCAAGUGACUGGUACAUUAGAAGUAAGAUUAAUGGGCUGUCAGGACCUUCUAGAGGAUGUUCCUGGAAGAAGUCGUCGAGAUCCGACUGCAAGCCCUUCAGACUUAAAGUCAUUUGUUAAGGGAGUUACUAUACGUAAUUCUAUGAAGUACACAUACAGCAUUAAGGAAGAUACAAGCAAUGAAAUCAUGGCAGUUUUAAAACUAGACAACCAUAACGUUGCUCAGACCAGUUGGAGGCCAUGUUCCCAACAAGCAUGGGAUCAAAGAUUCACCAUCAAGCUAGACAAAUCAAGAGAACUGGAAAUUGGUAUCCAUUGGAAAGAUUGGCGUGGCUUGUGUGCUGUAAAAUUUCUGAGAUUGGAAGAAUUCAUUGAUGAUAUAAGACACGGGAUGGCAUUGGAACUGGAGCCACAGGGACUAUUGUUUGCUGAGAUUAAAUUCUUAAAUCCUAUUAUUUCAAGAAAACCUAAGCUACAGCGUCAAAGAAAAAUUAUAAAACAACAAGGCAAAAACAUACCCAGGCCUUCUUAUGGAGAUAUGCACAUUCCAGCUGUUGUGCUUGGCAGGCUGCUUAAGCGUUCUUCUCCCUCUAUCCAAAACAUUCAAACUGCUCAUAUGAAUCAGUCUCAGCAACAUAGCUUUGAAUCAGCUUCUAUUGAUAACAGAGAAAUUGAAAAUCCAAAUGUUACUCUGGGUGGUAUGGCCGGUAUAAGACCUUUAGGUUUACCUUCCACACCUGCUACACCUCAAUUGCCAAGCACACCCCCACCUCAGCCAACAUUGCCUCUUCAGCCACCUCCAAAUGUUUCUACUUUAAGGAUGGAGAAAGAACUUCAGGAAGCCUUUGCAUUCUUAGAAGACUCUUAUACCAGGGAUAACUAUGUCACAAAAGAACCACAAACCCCAUCAUGUGAUACCCCAUUGGUGGAAUAUCCACCUUCACCAUCUCCUAAAUUGGUUCUUGAAUUCCCAAGUAAUGAAGAUCAAAUAGUUGAGAUUACUAGCAACAUGAGAAUAUCCUCUUCUCGCUCAUCAUCAGUAAUAGAUACUUUAGGUAAAGAUCAAGAUAAUAGGAGACAGUCUGGUGAAAUGUCCAUGGAAAGUUUCAGAUUGUUAAGUGUUCUUGGGAGGGGACAUUUUGGCAAAGUAAUUCUUGCUCAAUACAGACCCACUAAUGAAUAUUUUGCAAUAAAAGCUUUAAAGAAAGGUGAUAUUAUAGCAAGGGAUGAAGUGGACUCUUUGCUAUCUGAAAAGAGAAUUUUUGAGGUAGCUAAUGCAAUCAGACAUCCAUUCUUGGUAAACUUGUUUGCAUGUUUCCAGACUGAACAACAUGUAUGUUUCGUGAUGGAAUAUGCAGCUGGGGGUGAUCUGAUGAUGCACAUACAUGCUGAUGUGUUCACUGAACCUAGAGCAGUUUUUUAUGCAGCUUGUGUAGUAUUAGGCCUACAGUAUUUACAUGAAAAUAACAUAAUAUAUAGAGAUUUAAAGUUGGAUAACUUACUUUUAGACACUGAGGGGUAUGUCAAGAUAGCUGAUUUUGGUCUCUGUAAAGAAGGCAUGGGCUGGGGAGACAGAACUGGUACAUUUUGUGGCACUCCUGAAUUUCUUGCUCCUGAAGUUUUAACUGAAACUUCUUACACUCGCGCUGUUGAUUGGUGGGGUCUUGGGGUUUUAAUAUUUGAAAUGUUAGUUGGUGAAUCGCCUUUUCCGGGAGAGGAUGAGGGAGAAGUUUUUGAUUCUAUUGUCAAUGAUGAAGUUCGUUACCCUAGAACUUUGUCAUUAGAAGCCAUCGCACUUAUGCGUCGUCUGUUACGAAAAAAUCCUGAGAGACGUUUGGGAUCUUCUGAGAGGGACGCUGAAGAUGUCAAGAAACAAGCAUUCUUCCGCAAUGUGAACUGGGAACAGCUACUUCUGCGUAAAGUGAAACCACCAUUUGUGCCAACAAUAAAUAAUUUAGAAGAUGUCAGCAACUUUGAUAGUGAAUUCACGUCUGAGGCAGCUGUGCUGACACCACCCAAAGAACCGCGGCCGCUCUCUGCCACAGAUCACAAGUUGUUCCAUGACUUUACCUACAUGGCAGAUUGGUGCUAGUUUAGAAUUGUUUCAACCAAUUUCAAUUUAGUUUAUAAUUUCAUGAUAUUUAAUAGAAAACUAGUAAAAACCCCCAUUGCCUUACAAAGCGUGUGAAGAUUUCUGUAUUUUGAUAAUAACACUGUUAUCUAUACAAAAGAGUAUCUGAUAAUAGAGAUUCUCUUGUUAACUUGUAUUUAAUGCAGUUAAAUGCAAUAUUUUAUAAUAAGCUGUAUAAUUUAAUGUUCUUAAAUAGUGCUAAUGUUUAUUUUUUUAAAACGACGUGUUAUAGAUUUAUAUAUUGUGUAGUUAUGAAAUUAACUUAGAUACUAAUAAUUACUUUUAAGUGAAGGCGUGUCAAAUCAUAUUACGUUUUCAGUCAAUUGUAUUCAGUAAAAUAAAGGUAUCACCAACAUA